UUUUUAUGUUUGAUUAUUACGUAAGACUCAGUCAAUACAAUACAAUAACAACAAACCAAACAAAACAAUCAAUAAAUUAGUAAAUCGUUGUAUCAAAUGAUGUGCUGAUUAUAAUAGUGUCUUCAUUGUUGUCAUCGCAAGUGAUUUGCCAUCAGAUGGAUGACCACAACAUUGAUAACAUGGCGUCUCUUCAAUUGCUGACAUCGGACGACUUGACGAUGGACUCGGCGGACAAGUUAUCGACAUUUGAUUUGCAAUUGAAUAAACUAUUGUCCGCUAAACAAGAGUUGGUCACCACUUAUAAGUCGGAAAAGGAAUUGAUUGUCAAGAAAUAUGAAGACACUGUCAACAGUUUGAGACAAGAGUUGAUCUCAAAAGAAAAACUACUGAAACAAACUAUCAAUGAGUUGACAAACGAUAAGAUUAAGUUAGAGGAGAAGUAUCGACAAGAGGUCGAUGGGGUGACCACUCAGUUACAAGACUUAAGAUGUGAUUUGACUGUUAAUAAACAAUCUGUAAGUGAUCUGCAAUCAGUGGUCACUCAAAAAGAUACAAAACUUGUUGAAUUGGAGACAGAGUUAACCAAAUGUUUAAAUGAUAGCAAUUUGAAGACUAAUGAGUUGGAGAAGCAGUUGACUGAAGUGAACAAUAGUUUAACUGAGAUUAAGAAGAGUCGUGAGUUAGCACACAAUGAAAUUAAUUCAUUGAAAAGUCAAUUAACUUCCUUGGAGUUGGAGAAGAGCUCAUUGAAUACAUCGCUUUCAAUGUCCAACGAGAAGAACCAGAGUUUGGAUACGAAAUGUGAUUCAUUACAGUCUGAGAAUCAAAGACUUAAACAAAAGAUUGAUUUCGACCAUAAAUCUAAACAGGAAAAUAUGGAAACUAUUAAAUCAUUGACCACUUCGAUCAAUGACAACCAAAAGGAAAUAUCACGACUACAGAAAAGUUGGUCUGAAUUGGAAAAGUCAAGGAUCAGUGAAAUUACUUCAUUGAAACAAGAGUUGAGUGUCAAAGAUCAACAAUAUAAGGAACAAAUUAAUAAAUUGACAAAUGAAAGCAAUGUUUCACAUAAGAAAACUGUCAAUGAUAUCAACGCUUUGCUUAAGAAGUUACAAGAAGCUGAUGAAGAAUUUCAUCGAUUUAAAGACAAUGCAGAAAAAGAUAAUCAAACUUUGGAAUUGAUUGUCUCUAAGAAGGAUGAGAUGAUUCUUAAUUUAGAAGCAGAGAAAACUCGAAUUGAAACCGAAUUGACUAAUAAAGUCAUAGAUUUGACCAAAGAGUUGGAGGAUUAUAAUCACAAUAUGUCUGAUAUUAGUUCAAAACAAGACAAAGCAUUGAGUCAAUUGUCACAAACGAGGGCUCAAUUAAAAACAGUUGUUAAUGAAAAAGAGGUCUUAAAGACAUCGUUAGUAAAUGCGAAUGAAAAAUGUUAUUCUCUUGAGUUUCAAAUUGAUUCACUUAAUAGUGAAAUUGAAAAAUACAAACAAUUACUGGAAAAUGAAUCAAAAAACAAGAAGGAAAAGAGCCAAUUGAUGGAAACCAUUAGUGACUCACUGGAAGAAAGACAAAAAGAGAUCGAAAGGUUGAACAAAACAAUUAAAGAAGUAGAUGUCAGUCGUCAUGAAUUGGAAGAAUCUAGGAGUGAAAUAAUGAGAGACUGCGAUGAACUGAGAACAACAAUGAUGGACAUCGAGAAGUCACGAAUGGAAAUGAGACGUGAGAUCAAUGAAUUAAAAUCUAUUAAUACUUCCAUUGAAAAUAAAUUGAAAGCAAAAGAAAGCGAAAUAUCUGAAUAUAAGAGACGAAUGGAUCAACUGAAAAAGGAAAAAGACUUUUUAAAGGAUUCACUCGAAAAUUCGAGUAAAUCGUUGACACAAUUGAAAGACAUAAACAAGAAUCUCUCUCAACAUAGCAGACAACUAUCAGCACAAAUAGCACUUAACGAAAGUGAAAGGCGAGAGUUUGAAAGAAAAUUGAAUUCAACAUCAAAUUUAAUCACCGAUCGGGACAGUAAUGUGUCGUUACUAAAGAAAGACAAUGAAUUACUUAAAGAACAAAUAAGUAAAUUGGAAAAAGAAAAGAAACGAUUAGAAAGAAGUUACGCUUUGAUGGAAAAAGAAAGACAUACUUUGAAGAAUAAUUUAGAUGAUAUCCAGAGGAAGAGUAAUGAAACAUCUGACACUACACAGAACGAUAUGAUUUUAAAUGAAGCCAAUGUUGUGGCACAGGGUUUAACAGCACUGGAGCUCAAGAAUUAUGACUUACGGCGAAAAAUUCAAGAUUUGCAAACACGAAUGCUUGAAGAAUCCGAUGGUCUUAAUGGAAAUGAUAUGUCUUUGAAUGGCAAUGCUUUCGAUGAAUUAGACAAACUUAGGUUCGCUCAGAAACAGGCAGAAGAACUUAUUGAGAGAAAAGACUUUUCUACCAAACAUUUCGCUAAUUUUGAAAAAGAGUUAAGUCGUUUAUCGAUGAGUCCCAGUUUGACGACAACCCCUCCGCGCUUUAAAGAACCGCCUUUUCGAUCACAAUCUGUCUCUAAGAUGAACACAAUUGGCAAAUAUAAUGCAUUUACCAAAACAACUGAAACCUCAACACCUUUGCCAACAUUUUCAUCGACACCGGGUUUAAGUAAUGUUAAAAGAAAAUUGAAUUAUAAAUGAAACCGAAACCUUGAAAAAUAAUCAGAUUUCUAGUCUUAUUUUGUUAACAUUUUGUAUUUUUUACUUUUUAUUAUUUUUUAAUCAUUCACAGCAUUUACCUCUAUAUGCCAUUUGACUUAAUUUAAUUUGCCAUAAAUAUUAAUAUUCAAUAAUU